CACACUCGUUCAAGAAGCCGAAAUUUCUAGAGAAGAGAGCUUCGAGCGAUGGCGAUGCAUCGUUUGUUCGGGGCUGUGCACGAAGUGAAGGCCCCGUUGAUGAUGGUGGUCGUCCAGGUCACGUUCGGCGGUGUCAACAUACUGUACAAGCUCGCCGCGAGUGAUGGGAUGAACCUGACGAUCGUCAUCGCCUACCGGUUCAUAUUCGCAACGGCUUUCCUAGCCCCUCUGGCUUUCUUCUUAGAAAGGAAGAGCAGGCCAAAGAUAACGUGGACGGUGCUUGGGCAAGCCUUCUUCUGUGGGCUAUUUGGGGGAUCACUGGGGCAAAAUUUGUACCUAGCAAGCUUAUCGAUGACAUCGGCAACCUACGCCUCGGCCAUGGCCAACCUUGUCCCCGCCGUAACCUUCAUCUUGGCCGUUUCUCUCGGGUUGGAGAAGGUGAGGCUGAGGACGGUUGCAGGGAAGGCAAAGGUGGCGGGAACAUUAAUGGGGAUCGGUGGGGCGAUGCUGCUCACGUUCUACAAGGGCGUGGAAGUCAACCUCUGGUCAACGCACGUGAACCUUUUGCACCACGUGGCGGCGACCCAGCAGGGCCGGGAGGGUUCGAGCAAUCUCCUCCUGGGCUCGCUUUUGGUCGUGGCCAGCUGCUUCUGCUACGCUUUGUGGUUGAUCAUUCAGGCCAAGAUGAGCGAGGGAUUCCCAUGCCAAUACACGAGCACGGCGUUGAUGACCUUCAUGGGAUCAAUCCAAGCAUUGGUUUACGCAUUGUGUCGAGAGAGGGAUUGGAGCCAAUGGCAACUUGGAUGGAACAUUAGGCUCCUCACCGUAUCAUACUCGGGGAUCUUCGCUUCCGGGUUGUGCUAUACUCUAAUCGCUUGGUGUGUGCGGAUGAGAGGACCGGUGUUCGUGUCGGUUUUUAAUCCUUUGAUGCUGGUGACCGUGGCCUUGGCGGGGUCUAUGGUUUUGGACGAAAAAUUGCACCUAGGAAGCAUUCUAGGGUCGGGGCUCAUAGUACUCGGUCUCUAUGUGGUGCUGUGGGGCAAAAGAAAGGAGAAUAAGAGAAUGAAUCAGUUAGUGCCAUCGAUCGGCUCAGGUGAAUCUGAAUCCAUCGAGAUCGUCGUUGCCUCUCCGAACAAGAACUGCGUUAAGGAGGGCGACGAUGCCUCAGAGGCGGCGCAAAAGGAGAGCCAAGUGAUCAAAGUAAGUCUUGAAGAGAAAACAGGAGGAGGAGAAGAACAAAGCAUAACGAGCAACUGACCUUGGAUUAGCGUACGAUGUACAUUGUCCCUAAUACAGGCAGGCAUAGAAACGCAAAAGUGGCAACUUCGACUUGUCCAAGAUUGGGGGCAUUUUGGUAAAUAGCGAAUAUUGCACGGCAAUUUCUGUACCAUAGUCAAGAACUUAAAUAAUACUCAAGUAAUUAGCUAUUCCCUUUUGUAUAAUCAAUCAGUUCAUUUCAUUGAAUGAUGUACCCAACUCAGAGAUUGUGCCUCU